GGAUAAAUUUCGAGCAUUGCAACAGGAUGUAAGAAAAGAGCAGCAGCAAAGGAAUUAUCGGAGGAAAAAUUUAAGCAGCCGAGUGAGCAAACUGAAGGCAGAAAAUCUAACUUCCAACUCAGGCGAGGUGUUUAAAGCCGUGUCAAAAACACAGCUAAAAUUACUGACGAAUCAUUACGCUAAAGAGAUCACUACUCUUUUAAAAAAGAUCAUGGCUGUGGAUGAGACAAUCCACCGAGAGCAGCUUUGCAUACCGUGGGGUCCGCCGGAGAACUUUGACAGCAGGCUCGCUUCGCUAGUUCACGACCUUUGCGACGGUCGGAGGUCCCUCGCUUCAACGAAAUCCUCGUCCUCAGAAGCACUGCAGGAGGCCUCAUCUUUGCUGCGCCGCAAAGACGUGAGCGACACCGAAAGAGUGAAAAGAUACAUUCUAAUGAAGUUCAUGGACAGCACUAUUGAAUUUCUGGCUCCUGAAAACAAGGAUUUGCAAACUGACACGCAUGAGGAAAAGCAGCUGCUUGACUUGUCAGCCUGCCUUUCGGCCCUCGGAAUCGAGACCGAUGACGAGCUGGACCAACUAUUCAACACUUUAAUCCAAUACACGUACUGCGAGUCAUGCAAGCAAAAGCCGUUCGAUUUGAACGCGUUGUGUAAAAACCACAAACCCUACCUCGAGGGCAAGAGUAUUUUGAUCGGCUUAAAAAGGCACUUCCUGGCGAAUUCAACCGAUUCUGAGGACGCGGAUGUGGACGAGGCGAGCAACGUGCAGUCUACUGGUAAGCGGAACGCCUGCCUCUGA